AUGCUUGAGCUUGACGAGGAAGAUACGCUAGAUGAUAAAGAAGAACUUGAGGAAGAUGACAGGCUGGAACUCACUGAACUGGAUGAGGAGGAGCUGCUGGAUGAUGUUGCGGAGGCCAGGCUUGCCGAAAGGCGCUGGGCGUACGAAGCCGAUGACGAUACCACCGACGAAACGCUAGAACUGCUUGAGCUUGACGAGGAAGAGAGACUGGAGCUGACUGAGGAACUCAGACUGCUUGAGACGGAGGAACUUGAGCUUGAUGAGAAAGAAGAUGAGGAACUGCUUCCAGAAGAUAGGGAAGCAGUGAUUUCUCCAGCAAAAGACGAAUUCGAGGACGAGACGCUUGAGCUUGACGAGGAAGAUGCGCUAGACGAUGAAGAGGAACUUAACGAAGACGAUAGACUUGAACUCGCUGAACUGGAGGAUGAGGAACUGCUAGAUGAUGUUGCUGAGGCGAGACUUGCUGAAACCCCUUGUGCGUAUGACGCUGAUGCAGAAACAGACGACGAUACGAGAGACGAACUUGAGGAUGACACCGAUGACGAACUCGAGGAGGAGAGGCUUGAAGAGACCGAGGAACUUGAGGAGGAUGAGGAGGAGGAUGACAGACUACUCUGGGACGAAGCAGACGCGGUGGCGGCCCCAGCAAAAGAAGAAUUUGACGAUACCACACUGGAUCCACUUGACGAGCUUGAUGAGGAAAUGCUCGAGGAUAUCGACGAAGAGGCCGAAGACGAGCUCGAUGAGGAUACACUCGAACUUGCUGAGGAUGAUAUUGAAGAUAAUAUUGAGGAAGAUAAUGAGGAUGAUAUUGACGACGAACUCGACGACGAGAGACUUGAGCUUACGCUGCUCGAACUCGAACUGGAUCCAGAGGAAGAAGAACUGCUGCUUAGGGACGCAGAGGCAGUAAUCUGCCCGGCGGAACUGCUUGCGAGCGAUGAAACCGAAGAAGACAGGCUUGAUGACACGGAGCUUGAGCUGCCAGAAGAUUGCGAACUGCUGGACGAAGAUGACAGGGAGCUGGACACACUACUGCUUGAAGAGGAUGAUAGCGAACUUGAAACACUGCUGCUUGAAGAGGAUGACACCGAGCUGGACGCAGAUGAUGAAGAUGAUACCGAAGCAGUAACUACCCCGGCCGAGCUACUGAGCAGGGAAGAAACCGAUGAGGACACGCUGCUCGAACUUGAGGAAGACAAACUUGAGCUUCGGGAGGAGGAUUGCGAGCUACUGGACGACGAGGAGAGACUAGAGCUCAGGCUGCUGCUGGAGGAGGAUGAUAGCGAGCUUGACACACUGCUGCUUGAAGAAGAUGAUACCGAACUUGAAGCGGAUGACGAAGAUGAUAUCGAAGCAGUGAUGCCCCCGGCCGAGCUACUGAGCAACGAUGAAACUGAUGAGGACGCGCUGCUGGAACUUGAGGAAGAUAGACUGGAACUCCGGGAGGAGGAUUGCGAGCUGCUAGACGAAGACGAGAGCGAACUCGACACGCUACUGCUUGAAGAUGAGGAUACCGAGGACGAGCUUGAUAGAGAUGCAGUUAUCCCGGCAGCAGAACUGCUAAGUAUGGAUGAAGCCGAAGAUGAAGCGCUGCUGCUUGAAGAGGAGGAGACACUGCUCGAACUGGAUGAUGAUAGGGAAGAGCUCACGCUGGAGCUACUGCUUGAACUUGACGAACUUGCGCUGGAAGAUGAGGAGGAUGAGGAUGAGGACAGCGAGCUUGAGGUUGACGUAGUGGUGGUGGUGAAGCCAGUAUAG